AUGAGCCAAACGUACAUUCUUGCGGCCUUGGCGCUGGAUCACUUAUCCCAGCGUCGGACAUCCGUCAACGCUGCUUGCUCGUAUGUGAUAGCCUCGCAGUCUUCUGACCGGUCUCGCAUCAAGACAGGUCAUUCGCCGCAUCAUGCAGCAAGCCGAGGGCCACAUCAGGCGUCUAGAUCGGGUCCCCAUCGCGCGGUGGACGAGAGACGUCUCUUGGCACUUGUUAGCAACACUCUGAGCUUUAGAGAGUCGCUACAAAUCAUCUUGGAUCGCUCAGAAGUGAUGCAGCGCGAGAGCAAGAUGUUCGACUUGGGCGGAAAGCCUGGAGCGUUGGGUGGAGCGCAAGGGUCGGACAUGCAAGCACCAGAUGCAAAGAAGCGUAAGCGAAGCGAGCAUGGUGGUGGUCCAUCGGUCGCAAAAGCUUGGCCAGCGGCCAGUCACAAGGGCACAGUGCCAAGCUCGAGCGCUUUGGCCCUGGUGAUGCUGUACGAACUCCUGUUGUCGGGUCACAGACCAUCCUGUUCGGCAUCUUGGCCUCCUCGUAAAGCGGUCGAUGCCAACAUGCUCAAGCUCAAGUCGGAGCUGGCACGACUGAGAGCCCAACGUGGAGCUGCUUCAAUCGAUGAUCUCAGAGAUCAGCUGGAGCUGGAGCAAAAGAGGAAAGCAGGAAGAUGCCCGAGAUGGGUAAGGGUCAACCCGCUCUCUGCGCUCAUCAAGACCCGCAUGAAGAGUAAAGGGGCGGAUGCCCAUUCAUCGCCCAUCAACAUUCUGUGUGAGCUCUUGACGGAACAAGGCUGGCGAGAAGGUCGUGGUGAGGUGCUCACGAAGGAAGAUAGCAAAUCAUUCUUGCGGUCGCAGAUCUUGCCAGAUGUACUGGGGUUACAUCCCAGCGCGACCGCUGAGCUGAUCAGCACCGGCUUGUACGAACAGCGCGCAGUCAUACUCCAGGAUCUAGCAAGCUGCUUUCCCGCCAGCAUCUUGCUAAGCCCGUUGAGGCUAGAUGGAUCGAUGGGCUCCUUGGGUGCCUCAGCGAUCAGUCACGCACACACUGCAAAGCGCAACCAGUCAGAUUCAAGGAAUGCCGCGUUGUUCUCAGUGCCACCACUGCAUGUGGUUGAUGCGACAUCUGCGCCGGGCAAUAAGACUUCACAUCUUAGCAGCAUUCUGUACUCUAACUUCACCUCGCAGACACCAGCCAGGACGCAAGCACGCGUGACAGCGUUUGAAGAGGACAAGGAUCGCUUCGCAACACUUGUGUCGCAGCUUGACAAGGCCGGGUGUCUGGAUGACUCGUAUGGCUUGCACGCAACGAGUGGCAAAAGACCAAUGACCGACAGCAGCUUUCCUCCACCAAAAAAGAAGAGCAAAUUUGAUGGUGUCGAUUCGAAGGCGCCGCACCACACUGCAAAAGUCGGAAUCUCUACACGUGCACCUACCCCAGGACUGGUCUUGCCGAGAUUGGGCGACUUCCUCAAGACUAAUCCUGCUGAUGAGGAAUGGAAGGACGUGCAGGGCAUGCUCUUGGAUCCAAGCUGCUCUGGCAGUGGCAUCCUAAGCAGGUCGGAGUACUCAAUGGCCAGCUCGUCGACCAGGGCGCAGCAAUCCAGCAAGCAUACUCUUGGCUUACAAGGGGCAGCUGGCGACACAGGACGAGUCGCGAAGGCUGCAAACGGACGUUUGAGAGGCACUCAGCAGCACCUUGGCCCAUCUCUUGAAGAGGAAGAAGUUGUCACUGAUCAAGCUGCCAAUGGAAGUGAAGAAGCCAGGAUAGCUGCUUUGGCCAACUUUCAGCUGUCGAUGAUCAAGCAUGCAAUGAAGUUCCCGGCUCUGGAACGCUUGGUGUAUUCAACCUGUUCCAUUCAUGCUGAAGAGAAUGAAGAGGUGGUCAUGAAGGCUCUCGAAUCUGACGAAGCUGUACAAAAGGGAUGGAAUUUGGCGCCCGCAAGUCAAGUCCUGCCGAGCUGGAAGGGAAGAGGUCUAGUUGACAGCUGCGGUGGAGACAAGCAGCUCGCCGAAUCGAUGAUUCGCUGUCGGCCGGGCGGCGACGCCGCGAUAGUUGACAAGCUAGGGAAGGAUGAAGCACACAUGGAAGCCAGUAACGGAUUUUUCGUUGCCCUUUUCGUGCGCCGUAGCUCAGGAUCGCCGACCGCGUCACAAUCGCCCACGGAUAGCAGCACCAUUGACCAAUUGCCGCCAGUCAAGGGAUCUUCCACUUUGACAAAGUCGGCAAAGAAACGGGCGAACGCCAAACUCAAAGCCAAGGAAGGCGGGCAAUUGCAAGUCACGACGGAUGCAAAAGCUCAUUCCUUGAUACCUGCUCGCAAUCAAUGA